GGUCGAACUAGAUCGCUUAAACAGUAGCUGGAUAAUAUAGGCAGCGGCUGGUCCGCUGUAAAUUGUGACAUUUUAUUCUAUUUUGUGUAUUAUAUGUGCUAAAUCUUCAUGAAAUAUGGCACCAGGUCCAAUAGAAGAGCUGGCUCUUUUAGACUUGGAAAGGUCGAACAAAGGGGCUUCAAAACAGCGUAGAGAUCAGAUCAAUGGUGAGAUAGGAACAAUGCGGGACCUGCUCCCGCUGCCGGAGUCGGCCAGACAAAGGCUUUCACAACUUCAGAUUAUGUCCCUGAGUUGUGUCUACAUACGCAAAUGUAAUAUACUACAGAAAAUGCUCCCGACCAAUCGUUGCUCAAUUGAAGUGCCUUGCGAGUUUUCCUCGGCACUUACGGGGUUCAUACUUGUAACAACACGGGAUGGAAAACUGGUAUACAUAUCGGAAAAUGUUACGGAAUACCUCGGCCAUUCUAUGGUGGACAUGAAAACACAGGGUGACAGCCUUUUUGAUAUAGUAGAUAAGAGGGACCAUGGCACUGUGCAGGCGCAGUUGUUACAUGGUGUCUCCGCAGCAGAAGGUCACCACAAUAGAAAGAUCUCAUUCUUCUGUCGCAUGAAUAUGUCACGAACAUUAAAAAGACAAGGUGGCUUCGGCGACGUCAAGGUAAUGCACGUGAAGGGUCAUUUCGUGCCAGUAAGCCAGAAAGAGGCUGGCGUUCCUGAGCAGCACGUGUUUAUGGCUCUAUGUACCCCAUUGAUCACACCAGAUGUUAAAGAAAGCCUCAUUCAAAACAACACCACUGUCUUCAGAAGUGUUCACAAACUUGACAUGUCAUUCAUUGAACUUACCGAAACGGGAGAAUUUCAUCUGGGAAUAACAAACGAGCAGAUUGAAAACAAAUCUUGGUACUCUAUGCUUCACCCCGAGGAUCUCACAGAGGCACGGGCUAAACACAUUCAGUUGAUAAAAUCUCGCCAUGAGAUGGGAUGUAUGAUGACAGUGCGCAUGCUCACGCACACAAACAAGGUUAUCUGGGUCAACAUUGUGAUGCAUGUUAGACAGGCGCUUGUUUCAAACAGUGACGAUCCUGUUAUCGUCUGCAUUAAUCAAGUUGUCAGUGAGGAGGAAGCGAAGCAAUUCAAGAUCCAGGGCCAGUUGUUUGCUUUGUAUGCCGCAAGAGCACCAGACAUAUUCUUUGGUGGCCACCAUUUCCAACACUUUCAGCAAAUUAUUGACCCAGACAUGUUAGGACGCCAUCAAACACAUGCCUUCAUGCAACAGCCACAUGCACAACAAGGGUACUAUUCCGAUCAACAGAGAUACCAAUUUGGAACUCGACCAAGUCCGAAUGAGUACCAGCAACAGCCACAGCAACAUCAAAAGUAUGGCAUGCCAGGUUUAGAUGAAAUGAGUCAGCAGCCACCACAUGGUCACACAAGCACUAUCAAAGCUCUAAAGAGGAAGCUACAAGAAAACUUCAUCUCAUCAUGCAAGCCAAACAAAAUACCAAGGGUGAUGUCAAGUGAAAGUCCAGAUGGAGGCUUUCAGGAUUUCACGUCUGGCCAGACUCAUUAUGUGAUGAAUGUGAAUGUAUUCAGGGGAAGCGCAAAUGAUAUUCUGGGCUCUGGGAACGGAAUUCCCGUCUACGGUGGUGACAGCCUUCCGAUGAUAUACCAGUCUGCUCCAAUUGACCACGUGCAAGCAAUCAGACAAAAGAAAGCCAUGCUUGUAAAUGCUAUUGCUCCGGUUGGUACUCCAGCAGUCGUGCAGAAAUUAGCUCCGACAUGUACCCUAGAACAAGUAGUCCCAGAGGUCACCAUACCAGACUGUUAUCUUACUCCAGACCCGUCGCCGGCAAAUUCACCAAAGCCACAUUCAGUUGUUCCAGUAAAACAAGAAACACAAGAAAUUAAGCAGCUGACAUCAUACGUUAUGGGCAGACUGAAUGAGCUGAAAGAAAACCAGACGAUUUUUGAGACGCCUGUUGCCAAGCCGAUAAACGGUGUACCGAACAAGAAAAAGAACCUGCCUGUUAUAGAUGCCACCUUUGUUGAUUCAUUUUUUGAUGAUCUUCGUCCGAUUGAGAAAGAAGGUUGUAUUGAAAUUAAGAUGGAGCCACUUUCUCCAGAACCAACUAUACAAAAUGCAGUAGGAAAGCAAAACGCACAUUCUCGUAUUGCGUUACAAAAUGGUCUCAUUAUGACGUCACAAUCACCUCCCCCAAUCGUUCAGCCAUUGCCGCAACGCACAUGCAACGUGAAGGAGGAGCUUACUCUUGAAGAAUGUACCGACCUGGAAGAGUUACUGGGACUUGUUGAUACCGCUGGUCCGGAAACCAACAUGAUGUCACCAGCUUACUCUACCGAGUCGGUCUCCCCAGUUGCAUCUCCAAAGUCAUAUACAUGCAGCGUGUCUGAGUCAUCCCCUGUAUCAAGAUCAUUUGGUUCAACUCCUUGCCUCAAACAGAACUCACUCGACCAGAUGUAUACCGAGAUGAGUCCAGGGUCUUCGUCACCAGGUUAUGAAGGUCGAGAUGAUAUCUUAGAACCCGAUAGCUGGCUGCUCGAACCAAUCAGCAUGUCGUUAGAUAUGUCGCUGGCCGACAUCGAGACCAUGCCAUGUGAGGUGAAGACACGUGAGGAGGAGGAUCUCUUUCAUCUGAAAAAACUCCUGCAGCAGUCAUGGGAACCAUGUGGUACCCAAGGUUUCAAAUCUCAUAAAAACACCCAGUAGGCUUCCUGUGUAAGUGUUACUUACAGUCAUUAUUUGUGUAUGGCAUAUUGCCAUGUCGCCAUUUUGGAGCGUCCUGUUGACUUCUGCUGGUCAGGAGACAACCAGUCCAGCGCUUAGAAUAGUGUCACAGUUUACUUCCUGUUCUGCGGGCGGAAGAGGAUAAACAACUUCCCUGUUAAUAGUUCUCAUGAGUCAUUGUCAUCGUUGUCAUCUCACCAAAGACGUCACAUGAUUUUGGCGGGAAAUAGUUUUAAUCUGUACGAUGAAUUUAUCAUUUUGUCAUGCUGGUUCAUGAAUAUUUUACAAAUGCGCAGGACGUAUUUUAGCCAGUUAGCAUAUUAAAAACUGAAGUCCGAUGAUGUAUCUCUCCAAAGUUAUAUUGUAAGCAAGGUAACCGUUAAUAGAUAAAAAAAAAUGUGCUUUAUAACAUUGUGUGCCUUUGCAGCGAACGACAAUUGGAUGUGCGGGCUUUUCAAGCCAUUAAAGAUAAAAGACUUUUAUAACUUAUUCAUAAAUAGCGUACCUUUUACUUUGUACGUAAAAAUGAUUAAGUUCUGUUUACUGUAAAUAGUCCUUUAUUGUAGCUUCAUUAACUUUAACGCUAUAGUAUGUUAUUUGAUUGUUUUAUUACUUUCUUACAUGGAAUUAAUUUUUUGGCGCUGGUCGCCAUUUUGUUUUGAGUAGUUAGGUAUUAUAAUCAUGCGUAGUGAUUUGUAAUUGAUGUUAAAUAUUCUUGUUUUGUCAUGAAUUUGUUCAUUAUUUGCAAGCACUUUCUUGUAGGACAUUCUGAUGGAUUUGCGUUGUUGUUCCUGUCGAAGCAUUACUCCGCUGCAGGUCAGCGGUAGAAAAUGUUGAUAGAAUGUCGGACAGCAUAAGUUUACUCUUUGUCAGGCACAUGAAUGUCACAAACUUGCAUAAUAAUGUAGAAUGUGUGCUUUUAGGGAGAUUUCUUUUUGACAUUUUCAAUAACUCAAUGUGUGUUUGCUGGACGAAUACACGAGUCGUUUAUCCGAACGUUGUGUUUGCUGAUAUCGCUUCAUUUGUUUGUAUUUGUGUUUUGCAUUUUGUAUAUUUUAUGUAUUUUUUUCGACAUAAAGUGGAGAGGCGUUACAAUUUGGACAGGCACGAUUGCAAACGAAAAGCUUUUGAUUAAAUUUCGCUAUAUCGAGUACACUUUUUUUAAUUUCGCAAAGUGAUAUAUUUAGUUAUAUUAACCGCUGGUCGGUAAACGUUUGUGAAUAUUAAAAAGUUUCCUAGGAAAUUGUAAUUAUUUCCUAUUGUGUGCUAUGCAAACUUUCAGAAAAAAAUGUACACGUCUGCUCCGAUGUUGUUCAAUUCUUUUGUUCAUUUUGGCGCUGGUUGGCAUUACUGAUCAAAACUGAAAACCACAUCGAAGUAAAUGUUAACAUUUUGAAUAACUGAAGUAAACGCCAUAAAAUUGCACCAGAGACUUUUAAGUGAAGAAAGCACUUAGAAUAGACAUAUUAUUAAAAAUACUAAAAUGCCUACUUUUUUGGAAUUCCAAUUAAGACUUCAAUAUAAAUAAUAAAAAAAUAAGCUUAAUCAUUUUGCCAUGGUGAUAUAUAGAGGCUAGACCAUUACAUAUCCGUGGAAAAAUGAAUAUUUCCUUAUUUCGAAUUCGUUGAAAAUAAAUUCCAUGUGUAAAAUUUGAAAAUGGAUUUCGUGUUUUCAAUCGUUGAUAAUUUCCUACAAAGAUUUUUUUUCAAGAAGAAAAAUGUUGCCGCUGGUCGGCUGCUGUUGUAGAAAAUAGUCUGCUUUGUUAACGCGCUCUCCUUCAGUUGCAAAAUAUUUUGAAAAUCUGCACGAAGUUCUUUGUGUUUGCUACUUUGAAUACAGCGAAAUUUUCGAUUUCUUGAACGUUUGCAAUUCAUUUUGUUUAAUAUAAUGCAUGUUUAAGUUUUAUUUUUGCAACUAUUUAAGUAAUUUGCUGGUCAUUUUGCACGAAUAAGCAAGAAUAUACUUAUUUACAUGCACGAUACUCUGUCUUUUGUCUCUGUAAUCUGUGUUUCUAAAAAUAGACUGCUGGACGGGUACGUGGAAUACAAAUCACGGAAACAAUAGCUGUGAACCUAAUUGGUGUAAAGUUACAGAAAGACAUGCUAUUUUUCGCUGGUCGAAAACUGUUCUGUAACUUGGCACUAACUGUGUAAAUGUAAACGGAGGUUUUCGAAGCGCAUGAAACAUAAAUAAGCUAUUGUCCAAAGUUUCACCUCUCCAUGAUUAGUUCACCUUUCGUCAAAUUUUGCGUUAGUUGUGUUUGAAGUGAGGAAAUUAAUUAAACAUUUGUGGUAAAAAAUAUCGUAUUUCUUACAACAGAAACGAAAAUCAACAUUUUAUAACACCUUUGCAUAAUUUUUAAUCUACUUCUGUGACUUAGAGAAUUUUUUAUAAACUUUGGAAAUUUAAAGAUGAAUAUUUUUUGAUUUUGUUUGAAAGCUUUACAAACUUCCAAAUAUUGAUCUACCAAAUAACUCUGUAGACUUGAACAUUUAAUGAUUUUUGUUUUUGUUUUUAUUUCUUAAAUGAAUUUUCAUAUUCCCUGAUUGUGUCAGUCUGCUUAAUAAAGAUCUUAAAGAA